AAGAGACAGAGCAUAAGAUAAUCAAACCAACCAACAUGAGCUUCCAGUUUUUCCAUCGUGGCUUGUCCGACCGAACGACCUCCCAGGACCUGAGGGUUAACCAGGGGAGGAAUGGAUGCACGCCGCAGGGAUUACAUAUCCCUCAGGGUACAGCAUUCAUAUUAGGUGCAUACAGUCCUCAAUUGGCCUUCUUGAGAACACCGAUGGACAUCAGAGUAGAUAGCCCUUUCAUGGACCUUUUCCCCCCUCCCGCCAUGUCUGAGCCCCCCUUACAGAACCCGAGGAUAACUGAAUUGGAUGACACUUAUCAACGGGCGAUCAGACCAAGAAACAAUAAUCAAGAGAAUGGUUUUCCAAACAUGGUCACACCAGUGACUCCACUAGUGACCCCACCAUCCCCAACGGAUCCUGCAGCCAGAGAAGCUGAACUACAGCAGAUGAUCCAACCAUUCGGUGGCUAUGUGCAACUGGAAUCAAACUCAGACGGAGAUACUGGAGCCCUUGCCAUCGCCAGUGCUGCACAGCCUCCCUGGAUGUUUUCAGAAACACCCUUUAUUGGCAACCAAACAAGUCCUGUCAUCCCAGAGGUCAACACGGAGGCGUCAAACCAAACAAUGUUUCAAACCCCAUCGCAGGUUUUUGAGAGCGACACCAGAGGUCGUCAAGCGCUUGAUUUUGUGGAUGGAGCACAUCAGAAUGGUUUCCCAAACCACUUCAUACCAAUGAAUCCACCAACCUUUCCACCAAUGAAUCCACCAACUGUUCCACCAAUGAAUCCACCAACUGUUCCACCAAUGAAUCCACCAACUGUUCCACCAAUGAAUCCACCAACUGUUCCACCAAUGGAUCCUGCAGCCAGAGAAGAUGGAGUACAGCAGAUCAUCCAAACAUUCAGUGGCAAUCUGCAACUGGGAUCAAACUCAGACAGAGAUACUGAAGCCCUUGAUAUCUCCAGUGCCGCACAGCCUCUCCAGACGUCACCACUUUUUGGCAACCAAACAAAUCCUGUAACCCCAGAGGUCAAAGUGGAGGAGACAAACCAAACAUUGUUUCAAACCCCAACGCAAGUUUUUAGGACAGACACCAGAGUUCGUCGAGAGCUUGAUUUCUCGGCUGGGGCACAACAGCCUCUCCAGACGUCAGCAAGACCAAUUAUUGCCAACCAAACAAAUCCUGCAACACCAGAGGUCAAAGUAAAGGAGAGAAACCAAACAUUGUUUCAAACCCAACCGCAAGCUUUUGGUACCGACACCAGAGUUCGUCAAAAGCUUGAUUUCUCGGCUGGAGCACAACAGCCUCUCCAGGCUGCAGCAACAACGAUUUUUGGAAACCAAAAUCCUGCAACCCCUGAGGUCAAAGUGGAGGAGACAAACCAAACAUUGUUUCAAACCCCAACAAUGUCAUUUGGGACCAACACAGGAGCUUGUCGAGGGUUUACUUUCUCCAAUGGGGCACAACAGCCACCCUCGACGUUUUCAACAACACCCUUAUCUGGCAACCAAGCAAGUCCUGCAACCCCAGAGGUCAAAGUAAAGGAGACAAAACAAACGUUGUUUCAAACUCCAACGACGUCAUUUGGGACCAACACCAGAGAUGGUCAAGGGUUUGAUUUCUCCACUGGGGCACAACAGCCUCUCCAGAUGUCAGCAAGACCACUUUUUGGCAACAAAACAAAUCCUACAACACCAGAGGUCAAAGUGGAGGAGACAAACCAAACAUUGUUUCAAACUCCAACGACGUCAUUUGGGACCAACACCAGAGAUGGUCAAGGGUUUGAUUUCUCCACUGGAGCACAACAGCCUCUCCAGACGUCAGCAAGAUCACUUUUUGGCAACCAAACAAAUCCUGCAACACCAGAGGUCAAAGUAAAGGAGACAAACCAAACAUUGUUUCAAACUCAAACGCAGGUUUUUGGGACCGACACCAGAGUUCGUCAAGAGCUUGAUUUCUCGGCUGGAGCACAACAGCCUCUCCAGACGUCAGCAAGAUCACUUUUUGGCAACCAAACAAAUCCUGCAACCCCAAAGGUCAAAGUAAAGGAGACAAACCAAACAUUGUUUCAAACUCAAACGCAAGUUUUUGGGACCGACACCAGAGUUCGUCAAGAGCUUGAUUUCUCGGCUGGAGCACAACAGCCUCUCCAGACGUCAGCAAGACCAAUUAUUGCCAACCAAACAAAUCCUGCAACCCCAAAGGUCAAAGUAAAGGAGACAAACCAAACAUUGUUUGAAACCCCAAUGACGUCAUUUGGGACCAACACCGGAGCUUUUGGAGGGUUUACUUUCUCCACUCCAACACAACAGAAUGGGUUUUCGAACAACUCCCAGCCAACGGUUCCACCAGUAACUCCACGAACGGUUCCACGAACGGUUCCACAAACGGUUCCACAAACGGUUCAACCAACGGUUCCUGCAUCCAGAGAAGCUGAAGUACAGCAGAUGAAUCGAACAUUCAGUGGCAAUCUGCGACUAGGAUCAAACUCAGACAGACAUACUGGGGCGACAAACCAAACAUUGUUUCGAACCCCAACGCAAGCUCUUGGUAGCGACACCAGAGCUUGUCAAGCCCGUGAUUUCUCCACAGGAGAAAAACAGUUGAAAAAGUGGAAUAUUCCAACCAACACAGCUCAGGAAAUGACGAAGAAAGAGAGGGAUGAACACAGCCAAGCAAAGGCAAAGCAAGAUAAGAUAAGAGCUGAUUUGCAGUUGAGGAUUCAGACGACAGAACAAAAGAUGGCCGAGAUCAAAUCCUCUGAAAAAGCCUGCAAGGGGAGUUUGGAUGCUGAAUGGGUUGAGAUCAACGAUGUGUUCUCUGCUGUGCAACGAGUCGUGGACGAGGCUCGACUGAAAGCCCUGAAACCUCUGGAGGAGAGGAGGAAGAGAGUGAAGAGGGAAACACAAGACCUGGUCCAGAAACUUCAAAAAGAAAUCGACAAACUGAGGAAGACCAUUGAUGAGCUGGACCAAAACCAAGAUCCAGGGGUCUCUCAUCUCCUGGAACCUCAAUCUUGGGAAAGAGAAACUUUGGACACUUCAUUCUCCUUCAGUACACUCAGAGCUACAACCUCCAAAAUGAUCCAAGAGAUUCAGGAGAAAGUGGAAAAACUCUCCUCCACCGAACUCAAGAGGACUCCCAAGUUUGCAGUGGAUGUAAAGCUCGAUCCAUCCUCAGCACAUCAAUGCCUUGAUCUCUCCACUGAUGGAAAGACAGUGAGAGACGGAGGAAAAAACAACACAGUUCCUGACUGUCCACAAAGGUUUGAUAUGUUUGGCAGCGUCCUCGGACUCAACAGGUUGACCUCCGGGAAGUCUUACUGGGAAGUCGAGGUCAGAAACAAGUCAGGGUGGGACCUGGGUGUAGCAAGAGUUGACGCAACCCGCAAAGGUAAACUGUCAGUGAACACCAAUAACGGUUUCUGGGCUAUCGUACAUUUUGAAAACAAAAUGUAUGCAGCCCUGAGCGUCCCACCUGUCUGCCUCGGCGUGAGAGAGAAACCUCAGAAGGUUGGCGUGUUCGUGGAUUACGAAGAAGGUCUCGUGUCCUUUUAUGACGUGACAAGGAAGUCUCACAUCUACUCCUUUACUGAGUGUUCAUUCAAUGGAGGAAUCUUGCCUUAUUUCAGUCCACAUCUGAAACAAAAUGAGAUCAACUCUGCUCCUCUGAUCAUCUCUGCUGUGAAUCAGCAGGAGUAGAAGUGCACAGGUCCAACACUUUGAAAAUGUACGGAGGCCUAAAAUGACCAAAUUGAGAAUUUAUUUUUCCAGUCAAGAUAAUUAACACUAAUACCAAUACAAUUAAUACUUAUAAUGCUAC